AUGGCUGCACUUCCUCUUAUCGCUGCUGCGGUCCCAGUGGCCAUGUACGCAAGCUCCAAGCUCAGCUUACCUCAGGACGCCCACUUGAUCUCCAGUCUCAUUGGUUCCAAGAUCGCCUACAGUAACAUUGCGAAGAGCGAUACCCUCAACGUUACCCACCGCUUCGACGGCUGUUACCGCAAGUACCCCGAUCGUGAAGCCUUGGUCUUUGAGGGCAGGUCGUAUACCUACCGCGACAUUAACCUUGCGUCCAACAAGAUCGGCAACUGGCUGUUGGCAAAGGGCGUCAAGCGCGGCGACAUUGUCUCGCUCCUCAUGCAGAACAAGCCCGAGUUCCUCUUCUGCUGGCUGGGCAUCAACAAGAUUGGUGCCACUGGUGCCUUCAUCAACACUAACCUCGCCGGCAAACCAUUGACACACUCCCUCAAGACCGCCACUGCCACAAUGUUGAUCAUGGAUACGGAGCUCGCCUCGCAGGUCGCCAAUUCACUGGAGGAGAUUCAGCAGAUGGGAUACUCCAUCUACUCCUAUGGUGGGCCAGAGCAGUUCGACUUUGCGACACCCCUUGAUGUCUCUGGUGUGUCGGACGCGGAUACCCCCGAGCACUUACGUCGUGGCACCACUGUCGACGAGAUUGCCAUGUUGAUCUAUACCUCGGGAACCACUGGCUUGCCCAAGGCUGGACGCGUCUCUCACUCUCGUACCUCUGUGGGUCCGAUGUUCUGGAGUCGCUUCUACAAGUUCUCGGAAAAGGACCGUAUCUACGUGUCGUUGCCUUUGUACCACAGUGCUGCUGCGGUUCUCGGUAUGUGCGUCGCAUGGAGUCAGGGUGCAACGGUGGUUCUGGCUAGAAAGUUCUCAGCUACACAUUUUUGGGAAGACUGCCGUAGGAACAAUGUCACAGUCAUCCAGUACAUUGGGGAGAUCUGCCGCUACCUGCUCAACGCCCCCGAACACCCUCUGGACAAGGCCCAUUCCAUUCGCCUGGCUCACGGUAAUGGCAUGCGACCCGAUGUCUGGAACCGCUUCAGAGAUCGUUUUGGGAUCCCUGUUAUUGGAGAGUGGUAUGCGUCGACCGAGGGUACUGGAGCCCUUUCCAACUAUAACACGGGAGUCGCUGGUUUUGGAGCGAUUGGACACCGUGGUGCUCUGGCUUCCUUAUUGGACAAGGGACUUAAGAUUGCCAAGUUUGAUGUCCAAACCGAAGAGCUGAUCCGUGGCAAAAACGGAUACUGCAUCGAGUGCGAACCCGGUGAACCUGGCGAGUUGCUGACUCUGAUCGAUUCGGCCGAACCCACCCGCGAUUUCAAGGGAUACCACCAGAACAGCAGUGCCACCAAAAAGAAAAUCAUCGCCGAUGUCUUCAAAGCUGGCGACAUGUACUUCCGCACAGGCGACAUCCUGCGUCGCGACAAGGACGGAUACUUCUAUUUUGGCGACCGCGUCGGCGACACAUUCCGCUGGAAAUCCGAGAACGUCUCGACGGCCGAGGUAUCCGAGGUUCUCUCUCAGUACCCAGACUGCAUCGAAGUCAACAUCUAUGGUGUCCAAAUCCCAGGCCACGACGGUCGUGCGGGUAUGGCAGCCAUUGUAGCGAAACCUUCGAUGAAUUGGGACCAAUUUGCUCAAUACGCACUCAAGAACUUGCCCCGGUACUCUGUACCGAUCUUUAUCCGCAAGACGCCCGAGAUUGAAAUCACGGGCACGUUCAAACAGAGGAAGGUCGAGCUUGUAAAUGAGGGAAUGGACCCAAGCAUGAUCAAGGAUGAGAUGUUGUGGUUGGAUGGGCAUUCGUAUAAGCCGUUUAAGGCUGGUGAGCAUAAGCGGGUUGUGAGUGGGCAGGCCAAGUUGUAA